UAUGAAAAUUAAUUAGUAAUAAAAUAUUCACUUUUAAUAUAAGCACUUUUUCAUUAAUAGAGGGGGAAAAAUAGAGGAAUUUUUUGUAUAUUAUUCUUAUAAUUCUUUCUGCGUAUAAAAAUGAGGGUAAUAUUGCAAGUAGUGAUUUUUUGCAUUAUAAACGCCAUUUGAUCAACAGCUGUGUGGUGACCGGUUCGCCUUAAAAAAAAAUAAAGUCUUUAUAAUAAUUAAUUUGACAUUCAUUGAUUUAAAUAAAAUGUCAAAGCUCAAUAAUUUUUUUUAUUAAAACAAAUAAAUGUUUAUAUUAUACUAUUUAGUAAAAAUUUAUUCACAUAUAUGACGUUUCAGGGUGUGGUUUUUAUUCAAUUUGUAAUAAUUUAAAAAGUGCAAAAUGUAUGUACAACGAAUAAUUUAAACUUUCCUCUUUUUUUUUUUGACAAGUUUUAAUAAAAGUGCAAUUUUAAAGCAGUUUGUAAAAAUAUUUAGAUGACGGCCAGUAGCCGCAAUUUUGCAAUUAAUGGGGGCCUGUUUAGGCCUUUGCAUUUCCAAAAUUUUGGACUCCAUAUCAAACAGAUUUUAUUGAAAAUAUUUAUAGAUUUUCUCGCAGCCAUACAAGGAUGUCUUCCGAAGAGGACGAACAAGUUGAGUUUGACACGGAUUUUGAUUUAGGCCAGAGAAAACAAUUGAAUUCAAAAAGACUACUGUCAUUUCUUAUUAUGAAACGCUUUAAGAAAAGGAACCAAGGAUCGACUUUACAAUUAAUUAAUGAUGAUGACUGGCCAAGAAAUUGCAAUAAAUAUAUUCUGUUACAUUCGAAAAAUAAUGCUUCAACUAGCUACGAUUCUGAUACAUCCUUGCAAAGUACAGAACCACAGAAAAUAAUUAGAGAACAAGGUGGAGUUUUAUCGACUCCUGUCUCUUCAUUGGAUCUCGAAUGGGAAAACGAAGGUAUUCCCCUCUACGCUUUAGGAUUAAACCAAAAAGAAAAAUCAUGUAAUUCCUCAAUUAAAACUGCCGAUAAUUCACAUCCUUCUAGUUUGACUGCCUCACCUUGGUCACGUGUAUCAAGUGCUGAUAGUUUAGAAUGGGAUCCUGUAGAAGCAAAUGUAGUUUGUCUAGAUUUGGAAACCGAACGUCUUAUCACUGAAAUUGAAAGAUUAACGGAUAAGACACUUCGUGAAACUGGCGAUUGGACAGUAACUAGCUGAUAGAUUCUAAAAGCUUAUAUUUUAGAGAACUAUAAUUAGAUAGAAAAAAAAAAAAAUAUUUGUAUAUUUUUUUAAAAAAACAUUUCUAUAUUCUCUCAAAUACUGAAAUUUCAAUUCCGCCCUUCUGCCAAUUUAGAGCAAAUUUAUCAAUUAAAAAGAAAGUAUUUUGUAAAUGUAUAUAUAUAUACAUAUAUGAAUGAAAUUGCGAAUUUAAAAAAAAAGCACGGAUGUAAAUAAGAGAGAAUGAUUCC